AUGUCCGAGCACUUUGAAAGGUUCUUCAACUACAUUGUCAAUCCGGAGAAACCAACAUUGGUAGGUUUGCGUAAUUUGAAUCCUCAUUGCACCCUUACCACUAGAGAGGGGCAGAGGUAUAACGUGACAUUGAGAGGUAAUCGCUUUCGGGUGGUUUUUGCUGAAGGGUGGCUAAACUUUGUGCGUGGUGAGGAGAUUAAGACCGACAAUUGUUUGUGGUUCGACCGCACAUCCUUUACGGAUUUCAUAGUGACAAUCCACACAGACAAUCAAGUUGAGCAGGAUCUUCGACACCGUUAUACGCUAGAAAUCAAGAAAACCCAUCCAAUUCCUAUCAAUUUUUUGCGAUCUUAUGUUCUUAGCGAGCCCAGCGACACUUUCAGAGCAGUUUUGGAGUUUGAGGGGACUACAUAUGAAUUACAAAUAGUUGAAGGGCAUGGAAAAGUUUUGAUGCAAAAUUGGGAUGCUGAGGAACUUGUGGAGGCUACUGAAAUGGUUGAAGGCUCAACAUGGUGCUUCACUUUAAUUCCUUAUAUUUGUGUUCGUUUCGAGGUUGGUCAAAAAGGUGUAGAAGAGGGAGAAAGUGAAAAGGAAGUGUUUUGGCGAGAGCAGAAAUACAACACUCGGGAAGUUUUGUUUGGGAUAACGAGAGUAAUUGCUUUUUUUCGUCAAAGGAAAGUGCUCAAACAUAUUGUAAUACGCAAUCCAAUGCACAAAAUAGCAGUCAUACGACGUGGGUCCAACUACUCAAGCACGUUACAUGCGCCAACGGACAAUGACACACCGUCAGUCUUUGAAAUUGCGACCCCAGAUAUCAUUAGAGAACAUUUCCGCUAUAUACGAGAAGGAUUUUCAAACAAAUGGCUUCCAGCAGCUGAGGAAUCUUUUUGUUCAAUCCUUCUACAUUACAUCCAGUCAGAAGGGUUCAACUCCGAGUUUGACAUAUAUAUGGUGUUUGAUAGAAUAUACAGAAGUUGCUUGGAUUGUCCAUUAGGAGUUUUCGACAUACAUGCAAAGACCGUCUAUCUUCACGAGGACGAUCGUGAGGAAGCACUUGAGUUUUGGGCAUUAGUAGACCAUUAUUGUAGCAACAAUCCUGAGCCUCUAUGGGAAACCUUGAAGAUAGUUUUCGAACCCCUAGGGCUUGACCCAUAUCCUGGUGAAAUGAGGGCGAGAGAUGAACGUAACCAUCGCAAACUUGCCCAAGUUGUUCGCGACUACUGGGCCGAAGAAAGACGUAUGGCAGCACAAAGAAGAAGGAGAGAAAAUUGAGAUUGUUGUCGCUUAUGUACUUUUAAGAUAAAUGACUUUUCUUUCAUUGUGGAACAGUUUGUAAUCUCCAUUGGUGUAUGUAC